GAAGUUUCUGAAGGACAAUUUAGCAGGCGGCUUACUGUAGUUCUGGCGAAUACAACGUAAUAGAAAAUUAUAAAUUAAUGGUUGUGGGAGAUAAUAAGUGAUUUUUGCCCUAUUUUAAUAUUUAGUUUAGUUUUAAAUUAUGGGCUUGCAGUGUGGAGAUCAAUGUAUAAAAUAUGUGCUUUUCAUUUUCAACUUGCUGAUCGUGAUGAUCAGUGUGGUGUUAUUAGUCGUAGCCGCAGCAUCGUUUUUCCAAUGGUCCAUAAUCACGUACCAACUGGGGCCAUUUUUAGUGAUCUUUCCUCCAUCUGUACAGAAAUGGAUCCCGUGGGUUGUCCUCGUGAUCGGCGGAUGCAUGUUCAUGAUCUCGUUCCUGGGCUGUUGCGGAGCUAUCGCUGAGAACCACUGUAUGGUUCUAAUGUACUCGGUGAUUUUAAUUGUGUGCGUAAUCUUGGAGGUGACAGUGGGAGUAGUGGCUUACACGCAGAGGCAUAUCGUAUACGAUAAAGUAGACGAAUACUCUUCGAUGAUUGGAAGUUAUAUGAAUAACAUCCCUAACCACGAUAGCAUUGCCACCUUGGCUAAAUAUGGACAUAUAUUCGAAAACAAUCGCACGUACACACCACAAGCUGAGGAGCUAUUGAGAAAACUCUCUCUCGAACGAUUGGAACCCAGCCAGUUGCAUAUGGUGAAUCUGUUGGAAAAGUUGCAGACUGAGUUCCAAUGCUGCGGUGUUCACGGCGCUGAAGAUUAUGUUGGUAGAAGUGUAAUAAAAAACUUGCCCAACAGUUGUUGCUCUGUUGACACUGAAAUAUGUCGCCAAGAGAACUCAAAUAUGGGCUGCUGGACCAAAAUCGAGGAGUCUAAAGGCACUUUCAUAGGCAUUGGGAUUGGCUUCGUUUGCAUAGAGAUCACCACCGCUAUACUUGGACUAUUUCUUGUCAACUCUAUAAAAAACAUAAAGAAUAAUUAUUAAAGAAAACAGUUAGUGCUUAUAGCGAUUCAACUAGAAAUUUUAAGUAUAAAAAUAAAAUUAAAAGGUUUCAUUGCCAAUAUUUUUACUAUUUUUAACCCCCGACGUUAAAAGAGGGUUGUUAUAAGUUUGACGUGUCUGUCUGUCUUCUGUUUGAACACCAUAGCUCCCGAACGGAUAAAGCGAUUUAAAUUUAGUUUUUUUUUUAUGAAAAGUGGCCUAAGUUCGUUUUUUUUUUUUUUUUUUAUGUAUGUCCAGCGAUAAUUCCGUCAAUUAUGGACCGAUUUUGAAAAUUCUUUUUUUGUUUUGAAGGGAUUACUUCCAGGGUGGUCCCAUUUUUUUCAUGUCAGGAUCUGAUGAUGGCAUUCUGGAGAAAUUGAGGGGAACUUUCGAAAGUUGUAGAGACGGCUAGUGCGUUUGUUAGUGUUUUCAUAAGGUAUUUUAAGCCACUACAACUUUAUGAAGGUUUGGAGUUGGUCUGAUGAUGGAGCCGAAACACAGACGAUGGAACUCGUCAAGGAUUUACAGCAGUCACCUUUUGUUUGGGCUUGAUUAAUUUGUAUUGAUGAGUACUUUCCACCUAUAUGAGUUGUGACUGUAUUAAGGGUCUGGUGAUGAAGACGAGGGACAAUGAAGAGAACUCCUCGACGGUUCACAGUAGCUACCUUGUGUUUGGACUUGAUAAAUUUGUAUUGAUGAGAACUUUCCACCUAGAUGGAUUGUGACUGUAUUAAGGGUCUGAUGAUGAAGACGAGGGACAGUGAAGAGAACUCCUCGACGGUUCACAGUAGCUACCUUGUGUUUGGACUUGAUAAAUUUGUAUUGAUGAGAACUUUCUACCUAGAUGGAUUGUGACUGUAUUAAGGGUCUGGUGAUGAAGACGAGGGACAGUGAAGAGAACUCCUCGACGGUUCACAGUAGCUACCUUGUGUUUGGACUUGAUAAAUUUGUAUUGAUGAGAACUUUCCACCUAGAUGGAUUGUGACUGUAUUAAGGGUCUGAUGAUGAAGACGAGGGACAGUGAAGAGAACUCCUCGACGGUUCACAGUAGCUACCUUGUGUUUGGACUUGAUAAAUUUGUAUUGAUGAGAACUUUCCACCUAGAUGGAAUGUGACUGUAUUAAGGGUCUGGCGAUGAAGACGAAGCACAGUGAAGAGAGCUCCUCGGCGGCUCACAGUAGCUACCUUGUGCUUGGACUUGAUAAUUUUGUAUUGAUAAGAACUUUCCACUUAGAUAGGUUUUUUUUUUUUUUUUUUUUCCAUCCAGGAGGGGAAAUCCUCAUGGACACCCUAAAGGGUAGUGCCGGAUAGGUUGACUUAGAUAGGUUGUGACUGUACACACGCAGUAGGUAUGCUAACACUAAAAAUAAAAAAAUAAAAAUUUUAAUAAAAAAAAUUCAACCGACUUCCAACUUAAAAAAUAACUUUAACUAAAAAGAAAAAAAAAACAUCCUACCUAUGUGCUACCUUCUGAUCAGUUUGAAGGCGGUGCCAAGCCAGUGUCGUGUUUUAAUUAAAGCUGUUUCUGAAAGAACCACAUAAAUUUUGUAGUUUAAACGUGUUUAAUUAAAACAUCACUGGCUUGGCACCGCCUUCAAACUGAUCAGAAGGUAGCACAUAGGUAGGAUGUUAUUUUUUUCUUUUUAGUUAAAGUUAUUUUUUAAGUUGGAAGUCGGUUGAUUUUUUUUCAUUAAUUGACGUUAGAUUAGGGAGAUAAUUAUUAUAAUCCAUUUAUAUUUUGUUCUGUAUAAAAUAUUUAAUUACAACCAGUCGUCAUUUCUAAUUUAAUAAUUUUUAUUUAGAAAAUGUAGGUAAUUGUGAUUUGUGACUCUUUUUAUUAUUAUAAAUACCUAUCGUAUUUAAAGGUGCUAGUUUCUAUUGUAGAAGCAUACGAAACCGACACAACAGUCAGAAUGUUAAUUGCUUAAACGUUGGGUUAAACGUCUUCAAUUGUAGGAUACAGUAAUUAAAUGAUCUCGCUUGGAA